CAAAACGCAGAUUAUAGAAGAAACGGUCACCGACGACCAACUCACCAGCCAAUGAGAACCGUCGAUAUCUAUCUACACUGCGAACUGAAGAACAUGUUUCCUCCCGCUAAAAACAUUGCAUUUAGCCUAAUCAACAAGGCAAAGCAGCUGCCUCUUAUCACCCACCCGCGCACGAUACCAUCAUUCGCUGCAACUCUCUCGCCUUUCUCGGCUGCACUGCGUACCACCGUCACCAUGAACAAAGACGCCGCUGAUUCUCACGAUAUUGAGGCUAUAUUUCAACGAAAGCACUUGCUUAGAUCCAAAAUACGCAAACAGCUCAAGAACAUGGAUCCAAUUAAGCGUUCUGAAGAAGAUAAUGCAAUUCAGAGCACUGUAGUGGAAGCUCCAUGGUUCAAAGCGAGCAAGAGUUUAUGUGCCUAUAUAAGCUGCGGUUCUCUACGGGAAGUCGAUACAUCGAGAAUUGUGUCCGAAGCUUUAUCUAAUUCAGGACAUCUGGAUGAUACUCAGAGCAGGAAAAAGCUAUAUGUUCCCCGUGUGGAAGACAAGAAUAGCAAUAUGAGAAUGCUCAAGAUAUCCGGCGUUCAUGAUCUGAUCGAAAAUUCGAUUAACAGUCCGGAACCUGCCUUGGUAGAUUCUGAGGGAAAUGAACGCGAAGAUGUUAUGCAAGCAAGUGAACCAGUUGACUUGGUCAUCGUACCUGGUCUUGCAUUUGAUAGAUCUGGAGGACGUUUGGGCCGUAGUGGGGGUUACUAUGAUUUAUUCCUGAAGAAGUACCAAGAACUUGCAAAAGAGCGGAAAUGGAAACAACCCCUUCUUGUUGCACUGUCAUAUUCCCUGCAGAUCAUGGAAAAAGGAGUCAUACCUGUUACUCCCUAUGACGUUCCAGUAGAUGCUUUUGUCUCCCCUGCUGGUUUCAUCCCCAUUAGCCCAGCUGCCUUGGAAUGUGCAACUAAAUGAAGCUCUUUCUUUCUAUUCCGCCGCACAUAUAUCUGGAGGUUCUGCUUCACAUUUGCUUCAUAUCUUUACUGGAAGCUAUUUUCUUAUGAGAAUGAAGCAUUCAGACUGAUUUAUAAUCCCACAGGAUUUUUUAAUUAAUUGGAAAUUAUAGGUCUACUCUGUGUAUAACUCUCGUUGAUUACUGGCUAUAGCUUACAAAAUAAUGUAUAUCCAAUCAUAUAAAUACAGGCUUUAUUGUCUCUUUA